AUGGCUUUCGGUUUCAAGGUUCACAACGCUAAACCCAACGAGGAUUUGAAAUGGUCCAAUGCUGCUGCUAACAAGCUUGAUUUGAAGGGUUUGAGAGUGGCAGUAAUUGGAGGCACAGCAGGCAUAGGGCAAAGUUUAGUCCAGCUUUUUAGCAGCAGAGGUGCAGAGGUUGUCGUUGUUGGGAGAACUUUCAGAGACCAGAAUCUAAAGAAUGUGUCCUUUAUCAAGGCAGACCUGGAGCUUAUGUCUGAGGCCAAAAGAGUCGCUGAAGAGCUUGCAAAAAAGCCUCUGGAUUUGGUGAUACUGACAACAGGCAUCCUUGCUGCUCCCGAGCGUGAGGAGACUGCAGAAGGACUGGAGCGUGACAUUGCAGUGAGUUACUUGAGCAGAUUGGUGAUUGUCCGCAAUCUUUUGCCCCACAUUGAAAAGAGUCACAAAAGCCUUAUCAAGAAACCAAGAGUCUUUAUUUAUGGAUUCCCCUGUGCUGGGGAAAAGGGAAGCCCCGAUGACUUAAACUCUAAUGUCGACUACGAGGGGAUGAAAACACACAUGGCCACAGUGGCAGGUAACGAGGCUCUAGUGCAUGACACGGCACGCCGCUUCCCAAACAUUGGCGUUUACGGAGUGAAUCCAGGACUGAUCAAAACUGCCAUCCGUAACAACUUUUUGGGUUGCCGGGUAGUCUGAAAUUCGUUUUUUGUUUGAAAGCGUCAAUUGGCCUUCUAUUUCAAAAUACAAAGCAGUAUGCCGAUAAGAAUGUACCAAUGAUGGUUGCUCCCGAGCUGGAUGAUCAUACUGCAGCCUUUUUCGAUAGCUACGGCAAACCCAUUCUUUCCGACGGUUUCCCUGAAUCGUAUGUUGAAAAAUACAUCGGCAAUUCAGAGCAACUGUUGAAGAAAGCGGGCGUUCCAUACUACUGA